AUGCACGUUGGAUUAUGCAGCGAAUUUUUCUGCAACACAUUGCCAUUCCACUUUCAUAUUAAACUUCAUUAUCACCUGCCUAAUGUCUGCAAAACAAUGACUGCCUCUCGUUAUCUCAAUUUAUUUUCACGCACAAAUGUAUCGUACAUCCGCUGUUUGACCAGUAGUGUGUUCUAUGGAGACGAAAUAGUCGUACCAAAGAUUCAUAAGAAAACUGUGGAGCGAAAUGUUAGACCACCCAGAGUUAAUGAGAAAAAUGUGAUUAGCAGUGAAACCAAAAAUCGUUAUCCUGAGCUAGAUGAAAAUGAUCCUAUAAUCAAAGAGACAUUACUCAUGCGUUCAAAGUUAUCACAUCUCUAUCCCGAUGAACAUGAAUUUAGCAAAUAUCCAGCUGUUAUUCUUGAAGGAAGCAAAUUAAUAUGCGACGCACUGAGUACAGAAGGGAAGGCGAAAUCUUUGUUUUUUUCUUCGCGAGGGGAACUUGAACAAAUUGGUAACCUACGCAACGUGUUAAAUAUAUACUACGUCAACCGUCGUGUUAUGAGCCAACUUUCAUCGCUUAAAUCUCCUCCCGGAGUAAUAGCUGUCUUCGAACUACCUCAAGAAGAUGUUUUCCAUUCAAAAGAAGCAAAGUAUCAUUUGCCUGUUACUCUUAUACUUGAUCGUAUUAGCGAUCCUGGGAAUAUGGGUAGUUUGAUACGAUCUGCAGCAAGUUUCGGUCUGAAUUCUGUUUUGGUAACGAAAGGAAGUGUCAAUAUAUGGAACGACAAAGUGAUUCGAGCAGGAAUGUCCGCUCAUUUCCGUAUACCUGUUCAUCAGGGAUUAAGUUGGGCUGAUAUCAGUCGUUAUUGUGGAAUACGUGAUGAUUCAUUUCCUCCUGUUACAGUCUUUGCAUCUGAUCCUGACCCACUUAUAACUGACAGACUAAUUAAAUCAGCUUGGAAAGCUGACUCAGUAGACUCUGAGCCAUCUGAUGUACAGGAAUUUGAAACAUCCGUCGAAUGUGAAGCUGUAGAUUUUCUGACUCCUGAGUCAACAAAUACUGCAUAUCGUUUGCCUGUACGAACUGUCCCUCAUUUUGCAAUAGACUAUAUCCCUCCUAACUAUAAUGUUGAUAGACAUGAGUGUUGUGUUGCAGUAAUUCUGGGUUCUGAGGCUCAUGGUAUUUCCCCUGAAGCGUAUCAUUUAGUACAUCUUACUGGAGGUUCUCGUGUUGUCAUCCCAUCAGCAAAUGGAACAAAUAGCUUGAAUGUUUUGUCAGCUGCUUCUGUUCUUCUCGGGGAGAUACAGCGUCAAUUCCUAACUUCGUAA